AUGUCUGCGGUUAAUCAAAGAUUGACGACAGAAGGCCAUAUGGCUUCCCUUUCAGGUAUUUUGUCAUCUAUCUAUCCAUCUAUCUAUUUUAUCAUCUAUAUAUCCAUCUAUCUAUCUGUCGAGGUUUUUGUCAUCUAUCUAUAUAUCUAUCUAUCGAGGUAUUUUGUCAUCUAUCUAUCUAUCGAGGACUUUUGUAAUCUAUCUAUCUAUCGAGGUCUUUUGUCAUAUACCUCUCUAUCUAUCUAUCUAUCUAUCGAGAUCAUUUGUCAUCUAUCUAUCGAGGUCUUUUGUCAACUAUCUAUCUAUUUAUCUAGAUAUUUUGUCAUCUGUCUAUCUAUCAAGGUCGUUUCUUUUCUAUCUAUUUAUCUACGUAUUAUCUUUCAGUUUGUUCACCUCUCCAAAUAUCUCUUUAAGGUAAUAGUUCUUAACCUUUAUUUUAUUCCUCUCUGCUCUUUUCCAUCCUCAUUUCCACUUUAUUCUUUAUUUCUCUUUUUCUUUCUUUCUUUCUUUCUUUCUUCUUUCUUUCUUUCUAAACCUUGUUCUUCCUCCUUUCUGUUAGCUUCUACUUCUCUUUCUCCUUUUGAAGUCCUUUCCAAUCACUUUGCCCUUUCAUAUCCUUUAUGGCUGCCUCGAUAUUCUGCUCAGGCCUGUUCAAUCAGGCCAUUUCAUUUCAAUUCCAGUCCUUUCUCCCACACCAGAGAAAAAGAAGGGAAAGCAGAGAAGCUAAUGAGGAAUGCAAAGUCUUUUUAUUAUACCUUUGGACUGAAUCAAUCUCUAUUUCUCUCUCUCUCUCUCUCUCUCUCUCUCUCUCUCUCUCUCUUUCUCUCUCUCUCUCUCACACACACACACACUUCCCCCCCUCUCCUCUUCUUUUCUCUCUCAUUUUCUCUUCCUCACUCGUCCGCUGGGAUUUUUUAUUUCCCAGUACUUCUUUCUGAUUUUCUUUUUACUAUCUCUCUCUAUCUCUCUCACUCUCUCUCUCUCUCUCUUCCCCACCCCCAGUGUUUCAAAUAUCAAAAACAAAUCUUUGUGAGUCACUCUGACAAUCUGUUUUGA